UUUAUAUUUGCUGAUUACGUUAUGCAAAUUUUUUUAAACGUAAAAAAAAUUGAAGCUAUAAAGACUUAACAUAAUUUCCAGCUUUUAAAUUAACCAUCCCAUAAAAUUUGAGAAAGAAUUUUUUGUCAGAUUCGCGUUUUUCAAAUGCGAAUGCGAUUCUCUGCAAAAAUCCACAAUUUAUUUAGAUACGCAUUUGUCUGCAUGUGGCAACAAGUUCUUAAAAAUUCUAUCAUCAACUUGCAAUCACAUCAUGCUAAACCGAUAUAAUCUCGCAGAUUUGUUUAACCUUAGAUUAAAACUUUUUUUUUAUAAUGAUCGAGGAUUUAUGCGUCUCUCAGAUGUGAUUCGCCGUAAGCUUUGAAAUAUUAUGUUUAUAAAUAUGAUGUUUACAUUUAUUUGCUGCAUUUCGUGAACUGCGAUGACCCCGAAACUUCCCAUUCGAAAUUACUCGCUUUUGUUAAUAAGCUGUUUAAUCGCGGACCCUCUCUCGCGGAUACCCCGCAGGGCAUCCUGGUGCUGACCAUAAGCCCGACGCGAUUUCAUCAGAAGAAGUAGGGGAUAGGGACCGUAAAUCCAGGCAGAGAAAAUAUUUUACAUGUAUCAACGUUAGUUAGUGUGAGAAGGUCGGUUAGUAGACGAGAGUAGUGUAUUACUUGGACUUGCUUUCGUCUUAACGAACAGUCUUAAUUCAGCCUUUGGCCGAACCAGAUCGAUCGGGAAAUCGAGUCUUCUUUAUUACGUUGAAUAUUAUUUGUCAUUGUUGGUCUUGUUUAUUGUGAUAUCGCUAAUCGAAUAUUAUCUUUGUACGUUUACGUUAUAUUUAUAACAAACGAGAGAAAAUAAGAAGCUUGAAGGACUUUUUAUUGAGAAAUCAUGCCGAGUACUAAAACGAGAAUUGCCAUUGUGGGUAGUGGAGUGGCUGGUUUGGUGGUAGCCCGUCAUGUGGUGGACAAGUUGGAUUCUUACAGUCUCACUUUGUUUGAACAAACGGAUCAGAUUGGUGGUACGUGGGUCUACACUGAUGAAACGGAUCUCGACAAACAUGGACUUUUGAUACAUAGCAGCAUGUACAAAAAUCUUAGAACGAACAUACCGAAGGAAAUAAUGGCGCUACCUGACUUUCCUUUUCAAGAUUCGGACGGUCCGUCUUUUAUCCAUCAUACUGCAAUAAGAGAAUACCUUCUGAGCUAUGCGAAGCACUUCAAUCUCUAUCCUUAUAUUAAAUUGAACACUCUGGUGAAACACAUAGAGCCGGAAGCAACGAGGAACGGUCGAACGUUAUGGACGCUGACGUACGAGUAUCUGGAGACCAAGGUGGAGACCACGAAGACCUUCGACGCCGUGGUGCUGUGCAAUGGUCAUUACACUGUCGGUCGUGUUCCCCAUAUCCCAGGUAUCGAAAGCUUCCAUGGUAGAUGCAUUCACAGCCAUCAGUACAGAAUACCGGAGGUCUACACCGGCAAGAGAGUUUGCGUGCUUGGCGCGUCCUGGUCCGGCACGGAUAUCGCCAUGGAAAUCUCCCAAUACGCCGAUAAACUAUAUCUGAGUCAUAAUCAACUGGAUUUCGACUUGAAAAUGCCAAGCAACAUCGAGCAGAGACCCGGCGUCGAAUCCAUUCGAGGAAACAUCUUCACGUUCCGCGACGGCACCACGGCAGAAGUGGACGAUUUCGUAUACUGUACCGGUUACGAGUUCACGUAUCCCUUUAUGUCGCCUAAAGUUGAGAUACGUACAGACGACGAUCACGUAGAGCCCAUUUACAAACAUCUAGUACACAUGGAUUAUACGAAUCUGUUUUUCAUGGGCCUGCCUGCGCAUGUAAUACCAUUCCCAAUGUUCCACAUCCAGUCGAAAUACAUCCUCGGUAUUCUCGAGAAUCGCAUCAAGCUACCGUCACCGCAACAAAUGCGCGAGGAAUAUGAAAUCGAGAAGAAGUCCUUGCUGAAUCAAGGCAUUCCAUUGAGGCACAUCAACAAGCUCAAAGAUAGACAAUGGGCCUAUUACGAUGAGAUCGCGGCUGCUGCGAAUGUGUCAGGUUUCCCUCCGGUGGUCAAGAAGGUAAUAGAUCACGUUUUACAAAUGCGCGACAUAGAUUUUACCACUUAUAAAAAUUAUCAAUAUCGCAUCAUCGACAACGAGAACUUCAGUGUAUCAUAUUGUAAACCUUGUUAGGGUUUACGCAAAGAAAAUUUUAAAGAAUGAAUAUAAUUGUUGCAAAAUAGUUGUACAGGUCCAGCUUGAUCUGAACAAUUAAAACUCGAACGGAAGUAUCGGAUCUGUUUAUCAGAUUGAUGCGUUAAUGAGAGAGCAUUUGUCGCCGAUUAUAACACGCUUUUAUGCGAAAUCGAUGACAAUGUCACUUAUUAUAUGAUAAAUGAUACGGAAAACAAACAUGCAUACAAUGAAAAACAGGAUUAUCACUUAUUCGCAAUACGAAAAAUGUGUAUGUACAUGUGUAUGUACAUCUCCAUUAUUAUAGUUAGUUACCGAAAAAUAAAACAGUGUCAGUUAUAUAGUUAUGUCAUUAUGUUUACAAAAUAUAUAAGAAAUUACAGUGAAGGCAAUCAAUUUCAUUUCUAGACAAAUUAAUCAAUGUUUAUAAAGAAUGAAAUCAGUUUAUCUAGAUUUCAAUAAGUUUUAUAGUAAUUUUUAACACACUUUGCACAUGAAGGUAUGAAAGGGAAGAAUUGUAUACGCACGCAUGCAAAAUAAAUGGAAUAAGACA